GCGGGGGCGAACAAGCGCGGGCCGGAAGUUUCCCGGGCGCGCUAGCGGCCGGGGCCGUUACUGCAGAGCACCGGAAGUGGCCAUAGGCCGGCGUCCGGGCCGCGCCCGCAGUGAGUGAGCUUUCCUCCGGCCGGCGACGCCAUGGAGCCUGGGGCGGCCGAGCUGUACGAUCAGGCCCUGCUGGGCAUCUUGCAGCACGUGGGCAACGUUCAGGACUUUCUGCGUGUGCUCUUCGGCUUCCUCUACCGCAAAACGGACUUCUACCGCCUGCUGCGCCACCCGUCGGACCGCAUGGGCUUUCCCCCGGGGGCCGCGCAGGCGCUGGUGCUGCAGGUAUUCAAAAGUUUUGACCACAUGGCCCGUCAGGAUGACGAAAAGAGGAGAAAAGACCUAGAGGAGGAAAUCAGGAGGAAGGAAGAAGAGGAGGCCACGGCGGUGGCAGCUGCCACAGCGGAGCAGGGGCCAGUUCCGGCCCCGGUUCAGGAGGUGGAGGUAGACUCCACCGCAGACUCAGGUGGGCCUCAGGAGCCCCCAGGCCCACAGGGCGCCGUGCGGGAAGUGGCUGUCGGCUCUGGGGAGGCAGAGCCGCCAGGAGCAGAUGCUGGUGCUGCUGAAGUCCCCAGGGAACCACCAUCUCUUCCCAAGAGACAGGAGCAGUUCCAGAGAAACCCCGACAGCUACAACGGUGCUGUGCGUGAGAACUACACCUGGUCCCAGGACUACACUGACCUAGAGCUCAAGGUGCCGGUGCCCAAGCACGUGGUGAAGGGCAAGCAGGUUUCGGUGACCCUCAGCAGCACCUCCAUCCGGGUGGCUGUGCUGGAGGAAAAUGGGGAGCGUGUCCUUAUGGAAGGGAAGUUCACCCACAAGAUCAACACCGAGAGCUCCCUCUGGAGCCUCGAACCUGGGAAGUGUGUCUUGGUGAGCCUGAACAAGGUGGGCGAGUAUUGGUGGAGCGCCAUCCUGGAGGGCGAGGAGCAGAUCGACAUCGACAAGAUCAACAAGGAGCGCUCCAUGGCCACGGUGGACGAGGAGGAGCACGCCGUCCUCGACAGGCUCACCUUCGACUACCACCAGAAGCUGCAGGGCAAGCCGCAGAGCCAUGAGCUGAAAGUCCAUGAGAUGCUGAAGAAGGGGUGGGAUGCUGAAGGCUCUCCCUUCCGAGGCCAGCGAUUCGACCCGGCCAUGUUCAACAUCUCCCCGGGGGCUGUGCAGUUUUAAUGACCGGAGGAGAGGACGCCCUCGCCGGCAGGGAAGCGGGGCCUCAGCCAUGCCCCUCAGCUCCCUCCUGCCGGGGACUCGCUGUCUAGUUCACCUUUGCCAUCCUUUCUUUCAAGGGUGAACCCGGCCUCCACCCUGGCCCUUCGUCUCCAGACUGUUUCAGAGCAGGGCGGGGCUGUGCGUCCUGUGCCGAGGGGGUGUGGGGGAGCAGGGGCUCUCAGCGGGCGCUGCUCUGGGCCCUGCCGGCGCCACUCGCCGCUCCCUCCCUCCCUGCCUCCACUCGCUGCUCUGCUCGUCUGCUCUCUGCUUGCUGUUCUUGCGUGGGGCAGGCGUGGGUGCCCCUCGGCUGUGGAAGCACAGGCAGGGAUGUGCAGACUGAGGGCCGGGCUCGGGGCCAGUUUGGGGAAACUGCCGCCUUGCCCUCUUGCUGGGUGUGUUCUUGUGUAGUCUUGCCCGUCUGCUUGUACGUGUCCACUGCCUUCCUCAGCCUUGUCAAGGAGCCACGGAAACCAGGGUGCUGGUCUCUGGUUCUGGAUGCUGGAAGAGUCUCUGGUGGCCUCAGGCACGGCACUGCAGGAUCUCUGUCCUCUGAGUGGCCUGUCCUGCUGCCACCCGGCCUAGCACUUUCCCCUUGGGGAACUGGUUCUUGUCAGAGCGAGCUGGGCCAGGCCCCCGCAGGAGGCCCCAUGUGUGUCCCUGCUCGCUGCAGCCCCUGGUCCUCUCUUGGCUGAAGCCUGGCUGUGCCGCCCAGAGCUUGGGACCCUGCUCCUGCGGCUCUCCCAGGACCACACGGCUGCACCCUGGAACCUGCCCUUGAGCUCUGUGUGCUGGACUGGGGGAGGAAGAGCCCUGGGGGUGGGGGCGUUCCUUCUAGAAACUUCCCCCUUCAGCUGCGUGGGUGGGAGCUGGUGCAUUGCCAUGUGUGGGGGCAGGUUUCUGGCUCACAGGGCCCUGUAGACACAUCCCUGGGAAGCAGUUGCUUGCUCUGAUGCUGUCAUGGGAGCUGUGUUCACCUGGUGACUGGUGGGAGCCCCACCGAGGGGGCACGGAGCCCUGUUGUUGGCUGUCGUCACUGAGGCUGGUCAUGGAGCUGCUGAGGCCCCCCUUCAGCAUCCUCUGGAUCUCACUUGCCCCACGUAGUGAGAGGUCUCACCGGUCUGUGUGAGAACCAUUCUGGCACCGUUGCCUGGCGCCAUGCCUCUAUCUCCUCCCCUCCGCCACCCCCAGAGGGUCUUCUCCCGUCCCCAGGUGGGGUCUGAGGCCUGCACCUUGGCUGUUUGGGAGCUGUGGACUCCAUGGUCAGUUGUCUUCCUUUUGCCUGAUUUUAUUUUCAAGUGUUUGCAUUUCUCCCCACCCCCCUGGGGGUCACAGCAGCUUACCGGCAUCUGGGAGUGGCGGACUAGGGGGCCUGCCAUCCUGUGAGCAGCCUGCGCCCCUCGCUGCUGGCCUGAGCCCUGGAGUCUGUGCACUCUGCCUGUUUUCUCUCUUCAGACACGGCAGGAGCAGUUUGGCCACUGAGCUCCAUCAGCUGAGGUCCAAGGAAAAUGGGGUGCCCGCCUGCGAAAUCACCCUGUCUCCGGUGUUGGUUUGCAAUAAAUCUGUAUUUAAGCA